GUCAGAGGCGGAGAGGGAAGCCCCGGGGAGCAGCUCCCUCCUCUGAUGCUGAUCCGGACUAAAAGCAGCCAUGCAUUCUGUCGGCAGGUCGUGGCUGCUGCUCACAGGCUUCAUACUCUUUUAUUUCAUCUACCUGCUGUUCGGGGCGCUGGUUUUCUCCAGCAUCGAGCGGCCGGUGGAGGACAAGCUGCGACAUGACAUGGAAGCCCUGAAGCAAGAGUUUCUGAACCAGAGCUGCCUCAACUCCGCGUCGCUGGAACUCUUUCUGGUCAAAGUGCUCACGGCCAACAAGUACGGCGUCUCCGUGCUCAGAAACUCCUCCGUGACCUCCAACUGGGACCUGGCAUCCUCCAUGUUCUUCGCCAACACUCUGGUCACCACUGUGGGUUACGGUCACACCACUCCUCUGUCUGACACUGGGAAAGCUUUCUCCAUCCUCUACGCCCUGAUCGGCGUCCCCUUCACCAUGCUGGUGCUCACCGCUUGUGUCCAGAGGAUCAUGUACCCUCUGGUGCUGGCGCCCGUCAGCCUCCUGCAGCGUUCGGGUAUGGAGGCUCGGCCGGCCACCGUGGUCCACUUCCUGUUGCUGCUGGUUCUGGUAGUGUUGUGCUUCUUUGUGGCGCCGGCGGCCGUGUUCAGCACUGUGGAGCUGACCUGGUCCUUCUUGGAUGGCAUCUACUUCUGUUUCAUCUCGCUGUGCACCAUCGGGCUGGGAGACUUUGUCCCGGGGACGCAGCCCGGCCAGAAGUACAGGCCGCUGUACCAGGUCGCUGUCAUGGUCUACCUGUUCGUGGGUCUGAUGAUGAUGUACCUCCUGCUGCGAACCUUCCACAAGAUGGCCGACCUGCACGGCCUCACCACCUUCCUGCAGCUGCCGCGCUGCGAGGAGUCCGACCAGGAUGAAGACAGGGAGCCCAUCGUGGAGGAGGAGGAGGACAAACGGGACGAGGAGACGCCGCACCGUCACCUGACAGAAAAAGAAGCCAGCAAGCCGCUGGAGCCGGGGUCCCAGCCCUCGUACAACACCAUGAACACAGGCUGAGAGGUGGAGGGAGAGAAGAAGAAGAAGAAGAAGAAGAAGCUCUACCUCUGGACCUGCACCAACAACCUGAAUCUGAAUCCUCGUCUUAAUUUCUUCAUUUUGUCUUCUUUCGUCUGCUUGUGGAAAACAUUCUAGAGAGAAUAGUAAUAUUAAUAAUGUGGAAUUGAGAUGAGUUUUCAGAUUCAGCCUUGGUGAGAGGACCGCCAAACGCUUUCUGCACAGAACCGUCCUGACUCGACUACAGCAGCCUGUCUGGGCUAAAAGAGGCGAUAACAGAUGUUCCUUUUCCUCCUCAACACUGGUGUCACUGUGAUGUGUUCAUGAUGCAGCCAUACACUGCAAAAAGGUGUCUAAAAACAAGAUAAAAACACUAAAUCUGAGGGAAAUGAUCUUACUGCAUGGACAGAUAAUUUACCUUGACAAGAUUUCUUAAAUUAAGAUUGUUAAAUCUAGAAAUAAGCAUGUUGAACGCUUAAAAUAUGAAAAACCAGUUCAAACCAGAAUAAAACCAAGAGAUUUCUUAAAUAAAACCAGAUAAAACCAGAAUAAACCACUUAAAAACAGAAUGAAAUCAGUUCAAACCAGAAUAAAACCACUUAAAACUACAAUAACACCAAAAUAAAACCAGAAUAAAACCAAGAGAUUUCUUAAAUAAAACCAGUUAAAAACCAGAAUAAAACCACUUAAAAACAGAAUAAAAUCAGUUCAAACCAGAAUAAAACCACAAAAAAACAGAAUAAAACCAGAUAAAACCAGUUAAAACCAGAAUAAAACCACAUAAAACCAGAAUAAACCCACAUAAAAUCAGAAUAAAAACCAGUUCAAACCAGAAUGAAACCAAGAGAUUUCUUAAAUUAGGAUUGUGAAAUCUAGAAAUAAGCAUGUUGAACACUUAAAAAUAAGAAAUUAACUCUUAAAACAAGACAAAUUAUCUAACAAAAGUUUUUUUUUAGAUUUAAAAAAAGAUUUUAGAUUAGAUUUAGAUUUAAUAAUCUUAAUUUAAGAAAUCUUGUCAAGUGAAAUUAUCUGUCCAUGCAGCAAGAUAAUUUCCCUCAGAUUUAGUGUUUUUAUCUGGUUUUUAGACCUUUCUUGCAGUGCAGCUGCUGUGUUUACAGCCUCAGGGUCGCACAUGAAGGAACUUUUAUCCAUGGUUGGUUGUUUUUUAGAUCACUUUUCAUGUGUCACAGGUUGGGGUUGCUAGUUCAGGACUAACAAAUAUGAUGUUAGUGCCAAACACAAUCUGUGGAUGCACUUGUUGAAUCAACUUUAGGAAAAUCUUCGGGCUGUCCUCAACUACAGAAAUACUAAAUUGACUAACAGACGUUUCUUUUACUGUUCGAUGAGUUGAUUUAAUCAACAGAUUUGAGGAGAAAAUGUGACUUUCUCCUCAAAGAAUCAUGCAAAAGCGCUACGAAUCUUGUUUACCAAAGAUAAACUCAUACGUUUCUUAGAAAUAAGUUAUUUACACAAAAAGAAUAAUAAUGAAAUCUUAAUCGACUAAGACCAAAAUGAACAAUAAGUCGAGUCUGAGAAAACCUUUUACAGCUUUAACUUCAUUUGGUUUUAUUUGGGUGCAUUGUUAAGCUCCUUUUCCUUGUGAUUCACAUCAUGGCCGAAACAUUUGCCACACAUCAGUCACACUUUUUGCACCGUUAUUCUUAACAUGAAUGAUCACAACUGCAGUGACAUGACAAGUGGAUCUAUUAAAAGUUUAGCUCACUUUCUCAGUUAAUGUCAAAUAUGGAGCUACGCCGAGCAUUUAAAACUCUCAGGAAAGAUUCUAUCAGAUUUCCUGUGUGAAAUUGUGACUUUCCUGUUCUGGUUCGGCGUUCACCCUUAAUAGGGCACUCAUUAAAAUGCUUGCAAAUACCAAAUUUCAACCCUAGAGAAUAUUGGAGGAUAUUACAUACAGCCAGAAUGUGGACUGAGGAAUGUGUAAAAAAACAUACGGACCUGGGGGAGGGGCGCAAUAUUUUGAAAAAAAAGUUUACAAGAUUAAAGUGAAAAAAAUGUGCAGAUUUAUGAGAUUUAAAGUGGUGAAUCUGGGAGAAAAAAAGUUGCUUUUUACCACUUUUUUCUCGUAAAUCUGUGACUUUUUUCUUGCAGAUUUGCCACUUUAAAUCUAUUAAAUCUGUGACUUUUUUUCUUGUAGAUUUGCCACUUUAAUCUAGUAAAUUUGCAACUUUUUUUCUCUAAAUAUUACCCCCCCUUCCCCCCGGGUGUGUAUCUUUAUUUUUAUUCAUACUUAAUAUGCCCUAAUAUGCCGCCAUAGUCAAGUUCUCCUGGUACAAGUCAUUGAAGAAUAACUCUGUUUGUACGACUGUUACUUGCAGAUUUAUUUUCUAAGUUUUUCUUUUUUUCAUUAGAGGUCAAGAUCAAUGAAGUUAAUAUUAUUAUAUUAUUAUCAUACUGAUUGACCAGAUGUCAUGGUGUCCACUGUCUGUGACGUAGCCUGAUCUUUGCUGAUUAGCUGGAAUGAAUCCAUGUUGUUCUACGACCAAACAGAGAGACAUGGGGACCUCAUUCUGAUAUCCACUGAAGUUACCAAAUAUAGUUUUUCGCCCGAUAAAGGGUUAAAAGAGUACAGAAACUACAGAGGAGCAGGGUUUUCCUCAGGACCUGGACUGUCCUCCUUUAUGGUGCUGCCCCCUGGUGGCUUCAUGCAUGUUAUUACACCUCCAGAGCAGUAAUAAUAAAUAGGGUCAAAGGGUUGGAAUAGAGGGAUGGAGGUAAAAGAAAAAAUGAUAUUCUGUAAGAAACCAAAUGUUGCUUGUCAAACACAGAUCAUGGACACUUGAAAUGCACUUUAAUGUUCAUAUCAGUUGUUUUUCUUUUACCAUCGGAGUUGAGUCGGCUAAUUAUUAUAUCCUGAUACUGUAAAAUAAGUAGUCUCGGUAACACUUUAUUUCAAGGUACAUGUAUUCAACAUUAUUAGUUGCUUAUUAUUAUUAUAUUAUUAUAAUUAUUAUAGUAUUAAUGCCUUAUUCUGCAUGGCCUUAUUAUACAACCAGUAAGACAUUAACUUAGAGUUUUACCUCAAUAACCUCAGAAUUAUUGCUUAUUAGUAGUAAGUAAGGACGUUGUUGUAUAUGAGUUAUGAUUUUAAUAUGCUUUAUAAUAUGGACUUUAUAAUGUGGUAGUUAUGUAGGAACAGACCAUAUUCAUUAAGUGUUAUUAAGGGGGAAUAAUGAGGGAAAACUCUUAGUUAAUGGCUUACUGGUUGUAUAAUAAGACCAUGCAGAAUAAGGCAUUAAUAACUAUUUCAUAAUAAUAAUUUCCAUGCAAAUAAGCAACUAAUUAAUGUUGAAUAUGUGUACCUUAAUAUAAAGUGUUACCGUUGUCUCUGUUGAUGUUGCUGUGUAUGUUGUUGUAGUUUUAGUGAGAUCAGUUUAACAUGUAUUCCCAUUGGACAACCAUAAAUUAAACACAACUUGUCCCUU